AUGGCAGCAAAUAAUUAUUUUGGGUUCACUCAUGGAGGAACCCAAUACGGCGCGGCGACUGCGUCGGCUGCUUAUGGCGGUCAGACUGGGUACGCCGUAGCGCCGGCUGCCACAGCCGCGACGUACGGCACCCAGCGAGCUGCUGCCACGGGUUACGAUACAGCCUAUCAAGCCGCAGCUGCGACACAAGCGGCGGCGCACGCGCACGCGCAGGCGGCGGCGGCGGCCGCUUCGGCGUACGACGCCAGCAAGAGCGCGUACUACCAGCAGGCCUACCCCGCGCCGCCGCAGCAGCCCGCCUACGACGCGGCCGCCAAGCCCGCCUACACCACGCCCGCCACAUACGCACAGGGCGGCGCGCGCGGCGGCGGCGGUGCGAAGGCGUACGGCGGCGUGUACACGGCCACCACGGCCGCCACCUCCUACCCCACGCAGGCCUACACUGCGCCCGCGCCGCAGCCCGCCAAGCCUCUCUACAACGCUGCCACCAUGUACGUCGCCCAACAAACUAAAACCGGCGGCGGCGGUGGUUGGAAGAAUUACAAUAAAGGAGGCGUAGGCGCCGGACAACAGCGGCGCCCCAAGCCGCCGCCUAAAGCCCAGCAGUUGCACUACUGCGACGUCUGCCGAAUUUCCUGCGCUGGACCACAGACGUACAAGGAGCACCUGGAGGGGCAGAAGCACAAGAAGAAGGAGGCGGCGGUGAAGCUGUUCGCGGCGGGCGGCGGCGCGGGCGGGCGCGCGGCGGGCUCGGCGCUGCGCUGCGAGCUGUGCGACGUCACGUGCACCGGCGCCGACGCCUUCGCGGCGCACGUGCGCGGCAUCAAGCACCAGAAGGUGCUCAAGCUGCACACCAUGCUCGGCAAGCCCAUUCCGCCCGCCGAGCCGGCCAAGCCGCACCCAGCGAAAAAGACGGUGGCCGGUACGCCCAAGAUAGCAUUCGUGGCGUCGGGAGAGCUCAGCACGGUCGGGAGCGGCAAUGAAGAGGGAAAACCGUGUGAAGCAGACAAGGAGAAGGAAGGCGAGGACAAGGAGGAGGACGGCGACGCCGAGCCCGAGGUGCAACCAGUGGGCCAGGACUACAUCGAGGAGAUCCGCGGCGACGACGGCAAGGCGCUCAGCUUCAACUGCAAGCUGUGCGAUUGCAAGUUUAACGACCCUAACGCCAAGGAGAUGCACAUGAAGGGCCGCCGCCAUCGCCUGCAGUACAAGAAGAAGGUUCAACCAGAUUUAGAAGUCAAAGUCAAGCCAUCAACACACCAGCGUAAGUUGGCUGAGGCCAAGGCGCAACGGAUGUUAGUCCGUGACGAGUUAUGGGCGAGGCGACGUAUGCAUGAUGGCAUGGAAGAGGAAGAGCGCGCGUAUUGGGAGGGAGGCGCCGAGGCGUGGUGGCCGAGAGGACCGUUGCCGCCUCAUCUACACCACCAUCAUCAUGGCAUGGGCGUGCCGUACGGCGCGCUGGCGCGGCGCAGCGAGACGUCGGACGACCGGCACGUGCUGGCGCGCCAUGCCGACAUCUACCCGGCCGAGCAGGAGCUGGCCGACAUCCAGCGCGCCGUCUCGCACACCGAGCGCGCGCUCAAGUCGCUCUCCGACGCACUGGCCGACCUGGCGCGCCCCAAGAAUCAGCCUGCUAAAGGUGGAGUUAAACCUGAUGACAAAAAAGAUGACAAAUCAGAAGGCAAAGAGGAUGGUCGCGACAAUCAGCUGUUCUCGUUCGUGGGCGAGGGCGAGGCUAGCGCGGGCGCGGGUGCGGGGGCGGGCGGCGCUCCGAGUGCGGCGGCGGGCGGUGUGGUGGGCGGCAGCGCGGGCGCGGGCGAGGCGGGCGUGCGCGCGCUGAAAGGCGUGAUGCGCGUGGGGCUGCUGGCCAAGGGGCUGCUGUUGCGCGGCGACCGCGACGUGCGCCUCGUGGUUCUGUGCCACGACCGCCCCACCGUGACGCUGCUCAAGCGCGUCGCCGCGGACCUGCCGCACCACCUCGCGCGCGUUAAGGGUCCGGGUGACGAGCCCAAAUACAAAGUGGAGCUUCAGGCCGCUGAGGGAGCUGUGCAAGUAUCGGAUGGCAACGUGAACGUGCUGGUCAGCCUCACGUCGGCUGUCAUGCGAGAGCCUGCAGAGGGUGGCGACAUAAAGCGAGACGACAAGGAUGUGCUACCGCGGCAGAAGUGUUUGGACGCGUUGGCCGCCCUUCGGCACGCCAAGUGGUUCCAGGCGCGCGCGGCCAGUCUGCAGUCGUGCGUCAUCAUCAUCCGCAUCCUGCGGGACCUCUGCCGCCGCAUACCCAACUGGACCCCGCUCAACCCAUACGCGAUGGAGCUGCUGGUGUCGGGCGUGAUGCAGUCGGCGGGCGCGGCCCUGUCGCCGGGCGAGGCGCUGCGGCGCGUCAUGGAGGCGCUGGCUGGCGGCCUGCUGCUGGAGCACGGACCCGGCCUGCGCGACCCCUGCGAGAAGGAGCUCGUCGACGCCCUGGGUAACAUGCCACCACAGAAGCGUGAGGAUUUGACAGCAUCUGCUCAGCAGUUCCUAAGACAAAUUGCAUUUAGACAAAUACACAAGGUGCUGGACAUGGAGCCGCUGCCGAAGCUGAAGCACGCGGGCGGCGGAUGGAAGUUCCCGCGCAAGCGCAGGCGCUCCAACACCGACCCCGAGCCCGACCAGCCCAACGGUAGCGGUGAAGGCAAAGUGGUUAAGACGGACGAGAAAAUGGACGCAACGGACGCGAGUGCGGCGAACGUCAAGAAGUAA